GUUCCCUCUGGUAUAUCCUCAGGCUAUGCUCUACCCGUCCAAUGGUGGCAUUCGAUCCCCCCUAUCGUGAGCUUUGAUGACCCAGCCGCCUUUCACCCACCAGCCGCCUUUAGUGAGGCCCGGGUGAAGACGAAAGCGCAUACCUACUUAAGCCCAUCAACUUCCAUUAUCUUUUUUCUGACACGACCUUCUGAAGCUGCCAAGCCUCUUUCUUCACAUCACCUUGCAAAAUCUGCAUCACUUGGGGGGAAAAAAAACCAUCACCACUUUCUGGGAAUUUUACUUCAGAAACACCGAGCAUCAUCAUCCAGCCAUGGCCAAUCUUCAUUCUCGAAUCCAGGACGCCUCGAAGGAGGAACUCGUCCAGAUCCUCAAGGCUGUCUGCAGCUUCACCGAUACCCACUACCACGUCAAGAGCGUCCUCGACUAUCUCGACGACAAGAAGCAGUCGGAGGCCGCCGCCGCCGCCAAGCGCCGCCUGUCUACCCGCGCCUCCUUGUCCAACAAGAGUUGGGCCCAGCCGCUCCCCAAGACUGUGAAGCGCAACAUCAAGAUGUGCGAGCUGUGCGAGCUGCCCUUCGUCGAGAAGGAGAACACCAACGAGUCUUGCCAGUCUCACUAUGGCAAGUGGCUUCUCGAGUGCGAGAAUGAACACGAGGUCUGGUUCGCGGAUCUUGACAAGGCCGGCGAAGAGUUCACUUCCAACGAGGAGGCCAUGUGCAUCGUCGACUGCUGCAACAGCCAGCGUGGCGCCAGCAAGGGAUGCGUCGAGGGCAAGCACGUCGCCUUGGUCCCUGGUGUCGACACCAGCGAGGACUCUUCCGACAACUAAGGGCACACCCGACAACACGAUAACGAGACAUGAUUAUGAUACCACAAGGGCAUUAAAUUUUUGGGGGCAUAGGUCUGCUUGAUUACACAGAGUCGUCGGUACCUGAAUAAGGUGUUGCAGAGUGCGCCAGGAAUUGUUACGAGGCAUCAGACUAGGUCACACCAGGUUUUCACUAGCAGACAGGAAACAAUCGGUAGGAAUUGACGGCAGUCUGGUUUGCUUGUUUUGGUUCAUAGAAUCAACUUAGCAAAGAAAACAGAGCUCCGUCAUGUCCCACAAGGAUCGAGCCAAAGUCUGCGAAACACAGAACACACAGUAAGCGUGCCGCGGUGAAGAUAUGUAUUCCACAAUUCGAGCCACCUUUUCAGACUUUAUUCCAAGGCAGUAGAUACUAGGGAAAUUCCUUCUACCGCCCGGCGCCGAGGAAGCCUAAUGAAAGGCCCUCAUGAGCCUCAAAUCUACUGAAUGUUGACUCGCGGCUUGGUUACCG